CCUCCACUGAACACCCGACAACGGAUUUGGAAAGAUUACCUGUUAGAAUUUCCUUUACUUUGCUCAUUUUUUUCUUUAUUCUUAUUGUUUCUUAGAUGUGCUUCGACUAUUGGACUUGAACUCCACGCAGGAAGUCAAUACCUAACACCGCCAAUUCAGCAUUUAUCGUUGCAUCUUCAUUCCGUUCCUCACAAGGAUUACAUUUUUUUACAUUAAUACACACGAUCAUGGCAGACUUCCCAUCUAAGGUUACCACGGAGACCAGCCCCCCCAACUCCCACGGCACUCAGCAGGGGGGCAACAGCCUGAGAGCGGUGGCAGCUAACGUGAGCAGCAACAUGGACAUGUCUUUUGUCAGGAGCAUCCCAUCUGUGCUCAUGAUGGCUCAAAUAGGUUUGGGCUUGCUCCACUGGGCGCUGAUAGCCGCCUCUCCUUACAUGUGGGCGCCUGCCAAUGGCUGGGUGCUGUUUGUGGCCAUCACCUUCUGGCUUCUCACCACCGUCCUGUUCUUCAUGAUCCUCUUCCGUGUCCAGACAAGACUUUCCGCAGUGCCGUGGCCCCUCACGGUGAUGGUGUACCAUGGAGUUGCAACGCUCCUCUACCUGACAGCCUUCCUGGCCAACGCUGCGUCAGUUCAGCCCUUCUCGAAAAGCUACUUUUUUGGACAUAUGGCCGCCGCUGCUUUUUUCGCUGCCGUCGUGACGGUGGCAUAUGGCGGCAGUGCUUUCUUCUCCUAUUUGGACUGGAAGGGAGACGGAGGAAACGCCGCCACCAGCACAGUGCCCACCUAGGACCGCAACAAAGCCUCGCAAAAAAAAAAGACAGUUUUAUUACUGGAAAAGUCUCCUGUUCAUACGAUGUAAUCAAAGAGUCAUGUGAUGAUCAAAAAUGCUCAACCUGGAUCAGAUGACACUCCCUUGGAUACACAUCAUUCAUUACAACUGUAACACAUUGGAAUGUACUGUUUGCUUUCUGUCCACCAAUGAGUGUAGAAGUAAUAUGUGAUGUACAGAAACCACUUAGAUGGCGUUGUCAUAAAUGCAAUAUCGACAAUGCGUCGGAUUAUUACUUGUAAUAAAUGGAAAGUGACAUUUCGUAUGUAAACUAUAUUGUCCAAUACAGUCUUAUGACCUUGUCUAACAAAGCUAGUAUGUUUGUGCAACGAAGGCUUAGUGCAGUGUUUUUCAACAUUUUUUUCAUUGAAAAAAUGCGGAGGCACACCACCAGCAGAAAUCAUUAAAAAACGAAACUCGGUUGACAAUAAAAAGUCGUUGUCGCAAUUGUUGGAUAUGACUUUAAACCAUAAGCAACCAUGCAUCACUAUAGCUCUUGUCUCAAAGUAGGUGUACUGUCACCACCUGUCACAUCAUGACUUAUUUGGACUUUUUUGCUCUUUUCCUGUUUGUAGUGUUUUAGUUCGUCUUGUGCUCCUAUUUUGGUGGCUUAUUCUCUUUUUUUGGUAUUUUCCUGUAGCAGUUUCAUGUCUUCCUUUGAGUGCUAUUCCCCGCACCUGCUUUGUUUUAGCAAUCAAGACUAUUUCAGUUGUUUUUAUCCUUCUUUGUGGGGACAUUGUUGAUUGUCAUGUCAUGUUCGGAUGUACUUUGUGGACGCCGUCUUUGCUCCACAGUAAGUCUUUGCUGUCGUCCAGCAUUCUGUUUUUGUUUACUUUGUAGCCAGUUCAGUUUUAGUUUCGUUCUGCAUGGCCUUCCCUAAGCUUCAAUGCCUUUUCUUAGGGACACUCACCUUUUGUUUACUUUUGGUUUAAGCAUUAGACACCUUUUUACCUGCACGCCGCCUCCCGCUGUUUCCGACAUCUACAAAGCAAUUAGCUACCGACUGCCACCUACUGAUAUGGAAGAGAAUAACGUGGUAAGUCUGCCGAUCUCCAGACAGCACAGACACUCAACAAUGGCACAUUAUUUGCGGAUUAUAAUUACUGGUUUGCAAAAAAUAUUUUUAACCCAAAUAGCUGAAAUUAGAUAAUCUCCCACGGCACACAAGACUGGACAAUCUCUUUCUCAAUUUGUUAUAAGCGACCAUAUUAUACUUGUGUAUUUUUUUUUUAAUGUAGUUGCACUGCACAUACACUGGGACUGUGUGCACUUGCCCAGAGUAAUAGAUGUCAUAAGAGGAGUGGGAAAGGACACAAAUGUUAGCAACACUAACAUAGCUUUGUGAGCUGGAGUGCUAUUGUUAGUCACAUUUAUCAUGUUAGGUUAGUCAAUACCUGUCAGCAUUUGCAGUUGAACUUAAGGGAAAUUUCCCAGAGGCCUGACUUUGCAGAGGGAAAUAGAUGGGAGAUGAUAUAUUUUCUCAUGUUUGAUGCCCAUAAAAAAAUUACUCUAACAUUAAAAACUCAAUUUCUGACUUGUCUUUUUUUGUAACUUUGCCUUAGAGCCAAGGAUAUGACCAGUAUGACUGAUGCGGGAGUUGAUUGUUGACUCAAAACACUACAUCAAUACUGCCAUUGAAAUGAACUGAAAUCAAACCCCAAAGUUUUAUCAUGCAUUAGAAAAAAAACAAAAAAACGUCUGGAGUACACGAUUGUUCGAUAUGUCUGCACUGCAAAAUGUCAGUGUUCAAAAACAAGAAAAACAAAUACAAAAAUGAGGGGUAUUUUAUUUGAACUAAGCAAAAUUAUCUGCCAAUAGAACAAGAAAAUUUGGCUUGUCAAGACUUUUCAAAACAAGUCAAAUUAGCUAAC